AUGGCUCCCGACAAAUACAAGAACCCGCCGCAAGCUCCGCCGACAUUCACUGGCACCAAGGAGUCCAUCGUCAGCGAUGCCAAAGCCCUUUGCGACUCGACACGCUCCCUUUUGGACAAGCUCGCCGCCGAUGUCCCCGUCGACCAAGCCUCGUUCACCAAGGUUCUCAAGCCCAUUGCCGAGGACGAGGACCACGCGGGCUUGUCUGCCCACAUUCUUGGCUUCUAUCAGUAUGUCUCGGGCGACGCCGAGCUUCGUAAUGCAUCAUCCGAGGCCGAGAAGAUCAUGGACGAGUUUGGAAUUGAAUGCAACAUGAGAGAGGACAUCUUUCAGCUCGUGGACUCUAUUGCCAAGCGCCAAAAGGAACACGAAGCCGACCUAGACUCGGAAAGCCUGCGACUACUUGACAAGGAGCGCAAGAAUUACAUCAAGAAUGGCCUCGGCCUUCCCAAGGGCCCUCAGAGAGACCGCUUCAAAGAGAUCAAGACUCGUCUAAGUCAAAUUGGCAUACAAUUCCAAAAGAACCUAAACGAGGAGGACGAGGGACUUUGGUUCACCAAGGAAGAGCUGGAUGGUGUACCAGACGAUGUGCUUGAGGGAUUGGCCAAGGGCAAGGAUGAAAAUGAGGGCAAGAUCAGAUUGACCUUCAAAUACCCGGAUCUAUUUCCAGCGCUCAAGUUUGCAAAGAACCCAGAGACCAGAAGGAAGAUCUUUAUCGCCAAUGAGAACAAGAUCCCCGACAACAUCCCGCUAUUCAGGGAGGCGAUUCUGCUUAGAGAUGAGGCUGCGCGUAUGCUGGGCUAUCCCAACCAUGCCGCCCUCCGCAUCGAAGACAAGAUGGCCAAGGAACCAGCCACUGUAAACACAUUCCUCUCCGACCUGCGCAAACGAUUGGCCGCCGGCGGUGUCAAGGAGAAGGAGCACCUUUUGCAACUCAAGAAGAAGGACGAAGAGUCUAGAGGCAUCAAGCCAGACGGUAAAUACUACCUCUGGGACCACCGCUUCUACGACCGCUUGAUGGUCGAGGAGGAGUACAGCAUUGACGAGACCAAGAUUGCCGAGUACUUUCCUCUUUCCUCCACGAUUCGAGGCAUGCUACAGAUUUUCGAAGAAAUCUUUGGUCUUGUCUUUAUUGAACUAGACAAGGAGGAGCGGGCAAGACUAUCUCCUACCAACAAGGCAGAAGACAUUGCGUGGCAUGAGGAUGUCAUCAUAUUUUCCGUGUGGGACGACAGCCUUGAGGGCGACUCCUUUGUCGGUUACCUGUACCUGGAUCUCCAUCCUCGUCCUGGCAAGUAUGGCCAUGCAGCAAACUUCAACCUCCAGCCAGGCUACCUCAAGGCUGAUGGCUCGAGGCGAUACCCCGCAACUGCUCUUGUGUGCAACUUUUCCAAGCCAACGGAGAAGAAGCCUUCAUUGCUCAAGCAUAAUGAAGUAGUCACGCUCUUCCAUGAGCUCGGCCAUGGUAUUCACGACUUGGCUGGACGCUGCAAAUACAGCCGAUUCCAUGGAACGAAUACAGUUCGGGAUUUCGUGGAAGCACCUUCGCAAAUGCUUGAGAACUGGUGCUGGACUCCAAGCCAGAUCAAAGCCUUGUCGAAACAUUACAAGACGGGAGAGCCCAUUCCUGAUGAUCUGAUUGAGAAGCAAAUCUCUACAAAGCAUGUCAAUGAUGCCCUAUCCAACCUGAGACAGCUUCACUUUGGCAUUUUUGACAUGACUGUCCACUCACCAGCCAGUCAUGAGGAUCUUGAAAAGAUGGAGCUCAGCAAAUUGUACAAUGAUCUUCGAAGCGAAAUUGCUGGUCUAGAUGGUCCCGACGGGGAGACUAGCACCUGGGGCCACGGCCAGGCUACCUUUGGACAUUUGAUUGGUGGCUACGAUGCUGGCUACUAUGGUUAUCUUUCCUCUCUAGUAUAUAGUUCCGACAUGUUCUACAGCCACUUUGAAAAGAACCCCAUGGACAACAAGGAGGGCCGUAGAUACCGCCACACUGUAUUGGAGCGUGGUGGUAGUCAAGACGAGAUGACUACUUUGGAACAGUUCCUGGGACGCCAGCCAAAUAGCGAGGCCUUUUACCGGGAGAUGGGUGUUGGAGCUUAG